AUGGCAGAGAACCACAACUCCAAUGGUCUAGAUCUUCCGUUGCACAAGAUCAAGGCGGAAAUCAGUAAGCCGAAAACGGUCGCUGCCGUCUUCGUCAGGAAGGCGUUUCAUGCAAGCCUCUCAUUCAUGGAGGAACUAAAGAAUGGCAAAAAAUCGUUAUCGCCUGAGGAUCGCCUCUCGUGCUUGGCUGGGACUAGGGCCCAACUGGCAGGGCUUUUCUAUGCGUUCCUUUGCUUGCAGGUGCUGGCUAGCGUGGUGGCCAUGGCGGCAGCGCAGGGUUACGGCGGUGGCGGCGGUGGCGGCGGCGGUGGCGGCGGGGGGCGGUUCAUCCCCAUCGUGAAGGACGACCGCACGCAGAACGCCUACGGCGAGAACACCUUCGAGUUCGAGGCCGCCAACGGCAUCGUCCGCUACGAGUCCGGAAAAGAAGACAACGGACACGUGCAGGAGGGAGGCUGGAGGUACCAGGCGCCGGAGGGCAUCCCCGUGGAGAUCACCUUCGUGGCCAACCAGGGGGGGUACCAGCCCCAGGGGGCCCUACUUCCCGUGGCCCCGCCUCUUCCCUACCAGAGGACGCAGUCCUUCGGAGGAGCAGCAGGAGGCGGAGGAGGAGGAGGAUAUGCGUGAAUCUGAAGCACAGUCUAGCAGCUCUCGUGUGAUUCUUCCUCCUUCACGGUCGUCUUGAGGAGCUGCCUGGUUGAUGUUAUUGCUUCAUUGUUAUUUGCUGUUACUGUUAACUGCUGUUAUAGGUCUGCUUUUGAUACACCAAAUAAAGUCUAUCUGAUUAUA